GUUCCGAGUUUUCUUUUCUUCAACUCGUUAUUUCGUAUUUUGCAUUUCACUCAUUUUUGCAAUUGGCCGUAUCGAACCUGAGAGGGAUCGGGUGCCAUUAAACACUAAGAAGAAGAAGAAGUCUCUAUUCGCGCGGUGGAUUGCUGCGAAGAGCGUACUGCAUUUUUGAAUGCUUCGGGGUGCAUUGCGGUGCACUGGCAGUUUCGACAGAAAUAUUUGUCAAGAAGGAACGAAGAUGUUACGUCUUAAUUAAUAAUAGUGACAGAAAGAGCGUGUUAUCAUCUAACAUAUUCACCGGUAAUUGAGAUUUCGACAAUUCGAUAUAUCUUUUUCAUCAGAAAAUAAUGGAUAACAUCUUUGGGAAAGGAGAUUCUGGCGAUGAGGGUGACCAUGUUGACAUCGAAGAUAAAGACAAGGACAGCCCUUUGCAAAAUUCAGUGUCCAAAGAUGUUGAAGUUGUCGACGAUAAUGGUGUACACAUGAAGGUGGAGUCCGAUGCAAUGAGCUCUCAAUCGCAGUCGGACACCGAAGAGAACGAAAAUGCAAAGGCAAAUUCUAUGUGCGCGAUCGUGGAGGACCAAGUAGAAACUGUGAAGCGAGAAAUCGAAGUGAAGCAAGAAGAUGACCAAGCGGCAGAGGAUAUAUUUGGUAACGAUAUUAUGUUACCCCAUGCCAAUCCAAUCAGAGCAAAAGAGAGGCGAGAGAGUAAAGAGAAGAGUAAGAAAGAGCUGGAGGAAGAAGAACGAGAAAAGAUGCAAGUAUUAGUAUCCAACUUUACUGAGGAUCAGCUGGAUCGGUACGAGAUGUACAGGCGGUCUGCGUUUCCAAAAGCAGCCAUAAAAAGGAUCAUGCAAACCAUAACAGGCUGCUCAGUUUCUCAGAAUGUUGUUAUAGCCAUGUCGGGAAUCGCUAAGGUAUUUGUUGGCGAAAUCGUGGAAGAAGCUCUAGAUGUCAUGGAGGCUCAGAACGAAACUGGUCCGUUACAACCGAAGCACCUGAGAGAAGCUGUACGCAGGUUGAGAUUGCAGGGCCAAAUACCAAAUAGUCGAGCGCACAAAGCUUUCUUCCGGUUAUAGUUUAUCUGCUAGUUGUGCAAUGUCAACUAGUACAACUGCUUUUCUUCCAGAAGCAAUAAUUAUUAAAAAUAAUAAGACAAUUAUUAGACCAAUUGAAUGGUUAAUGUUUAUCAAUAUUAUAAAUGCACACAUUGAUCAUUUGUUUUUCAUCUUGGAAUGACAUAGUUAUGUAUAUUUUUAUACAAGCAAAUUUUAUUCAUACAUGGAAAUGUUAUAUUCUCGCGAAAUAUUCCACUGAAGAAUAUAAGAAACGUAAAAAGGUAUUUUCUCACGCAUGCUCUAUAUACACGCAAUCAGAUGCAAGUAUCUGCAUUUAAGAGUUUUACAAUAUCAAACAUAAUAUUUAUUACGUGACAAAAAUUUAAUAAUAAUAUUUAGUUUUAAUGAUAACAUUCGUGUAUCACGAUGUAUUUAGAAAUCAUUAUUUAUUAUUUUCAUAGGCUAUUUUUAACUAUAGAUUAAUUUAAGAUUUUAUACUUUUACGUCUAUUUAAUAUCGUAAAAUUAUUAAUCCCAUAUUUUAUGUAAAUAUUGUCGGAUCUCAUAAUUUAGUUAUUAAAAUAUAUCUUUUUGAAAUUGUAGAUUAAUAACUAUAGAAAACCGUAGGAAAAUAAUGUUAAGAUUAUAGCACAAGGAAAAAACAUGGACAAUCCUAAGAUGACCUGAUGUAAAAAAAAAACGAAGAUAUAAUUUUGUGCAAGUAGCAAAUUUUUCAUUGUAAGAAUUACAUUUACAAUACAAUUACGUAUUUUUCAUCG